AUGGAUGACGAUGACUGGGAUUUGACUCUCGAAGAGAUGGAGGCUCUCGAAAAAGAAGCUCUUGAGAGAAUCAGCCAGGAGCGAAACUCCUCUUCGUCCUUGCGAACUCCCAACGAGGUUCAUAAUCCGUCUCAGGAGACUAGAGUUUUACCUUCAACUCUCGCCCCUAAACCAAACACUGCAUCUGCGCCAAAAGGUGAGAGCUCCAAGGAACCUGAGCAAAAGGUCUCUGUCAAAAUUUUGCUUCACUCUAGUGGAAAUCUUGCAGCAAAGUUCCCUUAUAACCAGGCGGUGGUGGAUGCUGUGCGUAAAAUCCCUAAGGCUAUUUGGAAUGGGAAAGAAAGGUUAUGGACCUUUCCUAAGUCUUCAUUGUCAUCAGCUGAAAAAGUUCUGCAAGAAAUUUCCAGCGUUAAAGUUGAGAUAGAGAACUUAGAUCCUCUUGUGAAACGUGCAAUAGCUUCUGCCUCAAAAGUUCCAGAUCUACGGCAUCUGUAUGACAAGAUACCAAGCCACAUUGAGCCAAAGCUUCUUCCGUUUCAGCGAGAGGGCAUAGAGUUUAUGUUGCAGCACGGAGGGCGUGCGCUCCUAGCAGAUGAAAUGGGUCUUGGAAAGACUUUGCAGGCAAUUGCUUUGACCACAUGUGUUCCUGAAUCUUGGCCAGUUCUUAUUAUUUCACCAUCUUCGUUACGUUUACAUUGGGCAACAAUGAUUAACCAGUGGCUGCAUGUACCUCCGUCAGACAUAGUUGUAGUUUUACCUCAAUCAGGUGGAUCAAACAAGUGCGGAUUUAACAUAGUUUCCUCAAGUUCAAAGGGCACAAUCCAUCUUGAUGGUGUCUUCAACAUUAUCUCCUACGACGUGGUCACAAAACUGGACAAACUCCUAAUGGCGUUGGACUUUAAGGUGGUUAUAGCAGACGAAUCUCAUUUUCUUAAAAACGCUCAAGCGAAGAGGACAACUGCUGCCCUUCCAGUCAUAAAGAAUGCUCAAUAUGCAAUCCUACUGAGUGGAACUCCUGCGUUAUCUAGACCAAUAGAGCUAUACAAACAGCUGGAAGCUCUAUACCCAGAUGUUUAUAGAAAUGUUCAUGAAUACGGUAGCAGAUACUGCAAAGGCGGAUUUUUCGGAACAUAUCAAGGCGCGAGCAAUCAUGACGAGUUGCACAAUUUGAUGAAGGCAACAGUAAUGAUUCGAAGACUUAAAAAGGAUGUUUUGACUGAACUUCCGUCAAAGCGAAGGCAGCAGGUUUUUCUAGAUCUAGCGGAGAAAGACAUGAAGCAAAUCAAUGCUUUGUUUCUUGAGUUGAAGAUGAUAAAGGCAAAAAUAAAGGAUUCCAUAUCGGAAGAUGACAUUAAAUCUCUUAAAUUUACAGAGAAGCAACUGAUCAACAAGAUCUACACUGAUUCUGCUGAAGCCAAAAUCCCAGCAGUGCUUGAUUAUCUGGGAACCGUGCUUGAGGCUGGCUGCAAAUUUCUAGUAUUUGCUCAUCAUCAGUCCAUGCUUGAGGCAAUACACCAGUUUCUUAAAAAAAAGAAAGUCGGAUGCAUCCGGAUCGAUGGAAGCACCCCUGCUUCCUCUAGACAAGCCUUGGUGUCCGAUUUUCAGGAAAAGGAUGAGAUAAAAGCAGCAGUCCUGUCAAUACGAGCGGCUGGUGUUGGAAUAACUUUGACAGCAGCAAGCACUGUUAUCUUUGCGGAGUUAGCAUGGACUCCUGGUGACCUGAUACAGGCAGAGGAUCGUGCACAUAGGAUUGGUCAAGUCUCUUCAGUUAACAUACACUACCUUCUAGCAAAUGACACUGUUGACGAUAUCAUCUGGGAUGUUGUUCAGAGCAAGCUGGAUAAUCUGGGACAGAUGCUUGAUGGGCAAGAGAAUGCUUUGGAGGUUUCAUCUAGUCAUGUGAUGAAAAGUCCAACAAAACCAGGAAACAGCCCUGCGAAACAGAAGACUCUAGACUCCUUCUUGAAGCGCUGCAACAGAUUAGACGACGACACCGAAGAACAUCAUCCCAGGUCCAAAAUUCCCAGAAACUAA